UUCAUCAACAACUCACCAUCUUUCGAUCACAAAAAACCAAACAAGUUUCUUGGAAUUUUCAAAGAAAUGCAACAAGAAGCCAAAAUCGAAGAUUCGAGAUCGUCUCCAAGCUUCAGUUGUUACUCAUCUCAUAGUUUAACAUCCAUGGCGGCCGCCAAGGUGAGUAAUGAAGAACAGGCAGCUCGAUUUCACGAAUUUCACGAAUUUGAAGGUGAGGAUUUUGAGUUUUUGGUGUUAAGAGACGAAGAAGUUUCACAGGAAGAGAUCGAUUCACGAUCCUGGACCGUUUUUCCGGUUUUCAACCGCGAUCUUCUGGUGAAGGAUGGAGUAGAUCGAGAGAUUAAAGCAAAAAAUGAUGAGACUGAUGUUUCUGCUUCGAUUACUGGUACGUUACGGAAAUUGUUUAUUGAUGAACAUGAAGAAUCCUCUUCGUAUUCUUCAUCAGAAGCUGAUGAAUUGGAAAGUGUACCUUCUGGAACCUACUGUGUAUGGAGACCAAAAGCAGACGGUGGAUCGUCGCCUCAAAUAACUAAAUGCAAGAAGAGUAAUUCCACCGGAUCUGGAUCUAAACGGUGGAGAAUCCGGUAUCUGCUCCGGCGGAGUAACAGCGAAGGAAAGGAGCCGAUGUUGUUCGUAACCUCAAAGAAGAUCGAUAGUCCGAAACAGAAACGGAAUUCCGGCGAAGUUUCCAGAGCAUCUCACCGGUUGAAAUCUGAAACUCCGGUUCACGAACAAUUUUACGUGCAAAAACGAGCAGAAAAUGAAAUUGUGAAGAGGAGAUCGUAUCUACCUUAUAGACAAGAUCUGGUAGGGUUAUUUGCAAAUCAUAAUCGAAUGGGGAAAAUGCUUCCAUUCUAAGUAUAAUCAAAUGAAAUUUUGUUUAAUUUAAUUACUUCCAUUGAUCACUUCAAGUUCAAUUCAUUGUAAAUAUGUUUCAAUGAGACUUUAGUUGCUUCCAUGAAACGAAGAGUCAAGACACCUUCUA